AGGGUGCUGCUGGGCGAGGGGGUGCUGACCAAGGAGUGCCGCAAGAAGGCCAAGCCGCGCGUCUUCUUCCUCUUCAACGACAUCCUAGUGUAUGGCAGCAUUGUGCUUAGCAAGCGCAAAUACCGCCGCCAACAUAUUAUUCCCCUGGAAGAAGUAACGUUGGAGCCACUGCCAGAGACCCUGGAGGCCAAGAACCGCUGGAUGAUCAAGACAGCCAAGAAGUCCUUUGUGGUGUCAGCAGCCUCCACCACGGAUGGCGAUGAUGACGACUCUGACGACGACAGAGAAGGCAGCGGAGAUGGCGACUGGCCCAGCCAGGUGGAAUUCUACACUUCUGGUGUCUCCUGGUCAGCCUUCCACAGUUGACCCCCGCCUUCAGGGUGCCUGCACCAAGCUCCGAACUGUCUGAUUUUGCUGGGACCCCUGCCCAGGGCAGUGGGCAUGUGACAGGUGACUGUUCCAGAGCCGUUACUAGUGCCUUUCUGCUAGACAGCAGCCCCCUACGCCCUCUUCUACUUCCGGACAGAUAAUUGCCUUUCCAUUUCACAAGGUACAGAACAUGAAGUCCUUGGUGACCAGGCUACAGUUGCAGCCCUCGGGAUUAGACCAGGCCCAGGUGUCCCAAGCACUAAAGACCAGGGUUAAAGAGGGCAAAGGGAAGACCAGACUGGAGUGGGGUUGGUUCCACUCCACUCUGAAGCUUGACAGGCAUAGGGCAUGCCAGAGCAGGAGGCCUGCACACCCACCACCAUGCAGAUAUCACCACAUUGCCACUGUGUGCUGCCAGGCUGGAUCCCAGAUGCACUGUGUGUGCCCUUCAGGCCCAGGUGAGCUGCAGCCUGAAUGCCCCCAGUGCAGGACAAGCCCUGUCACACACACACCCCCAAGUGCCUGGAGCCUGUUUGUCCUGUCCCCAUCUCUAUCUGUGGUGAGUAGAAGUAGUGUUUUCCCAUAGGACUCUGGGUUUCAAGGACAGAAACCCUAUCCAGACUGACUUACCAAUAAAAUAAAAUAAAAUAAAAAUAAAGGCAAAAAGCAGC